GCAGGUUCUACAGGAUCGCUGAGGGGAGGAAGAGAAGCCGAGUGGUUUCUGGGCUCCUGCAAGAGUCGAAGCAGCAGCAGCAGCAGCUGGUGGAUGAAGAGGAUACUAAUAAGAGCACUCCGGACAACUAGGAAUAACCAGCAACUUUGAAAAUUAAACCAAAUUGAGCCAAAAAGUACACAGUAAUGCAGGCCUUGCCCAGUGAGGAAGAAAACAGUAGCUUGAAUCAAAGCUCCAUGCAACAAAAGAUCACACGUAUUUUUGAACACUUCGAGAACCUCAAGGGUGGAAAAGCUCCAUAGAUGUGCAUGUUGUGGGAAAAGCAUUCAUAGCAAAUCACAUAUUAUACAUAAGAGGAUACACACUGGAGGAAAGCCAUACAAAUUGCCUGAAUGUGGGAAAAUAUUUAGUUAGAUCAGCUGCCUUGUAGUUCAUCGAAGGACCCACACAGGAGAGAAGCCCUAUAACUACUCCCAAUGCAGUAAACACUUUUGCAAGCAUGACAACUUGAUGAUACAUCGGAGGAUUCACACGGGAAAACAAUUGAAUGUGCUGAUUGUUUGCAAACUUUCCGUCACAAUUCCAACCUGGUGGUACAUUGGAGGAUGCACACAGAAAAGAAAUCAGAUAACUGUCUUGAUUGUAGUAAAAGUUUCAUUACAAAUUCUCAGCUGGUGAGACACCAGAGGACUCACACAGGAGAGAAACCCUUUGAAUGUCCUGUUUGUGGGAUAGGGUUCCGUCAUAAGUCCAGCUUGGUGGAUCAUCAGACUAUUCACACAGGAGAGAAACCCUUUGAAUGUUCAGAUUGUGGGAAAUGUUUCACUCGGAAUUCUAGCCUGGUGGCACACCAGAGUACUCACACAGGAGAGAAACCCUUUGAAUGUUCAGAUUGUGGGAAAUGUUUCACUCGGAAUUCUAGGCUGGUGGCACACCAGAGGACUCACACAGGAGAGAAACCCUUUGAAUGUCCUGAUUGUGGGAAAUGUUUCAGUGUGAGUUCCAGCCUUCUGAAACACCAGAGGACUCACACAGGAGAGAAACCCUUUGAAUGUCCUGUUUGUGGGAUAGGGUUCAGUCAUAAUUCCAGCUUGAUGAAUCAUCAGACUAUUCACACAGGAGAGAAACCCUUUGAAUGUCCUGAUUGUGGGAAAUGUUUCGCUCUGAAUUUUAGGCUGGUGGCACACCAGAGGACUCACACAGGAGAGAAACCCUUUGAAUGUUCAGAUUGUGGGAAAUGUUUCACUCGGAAUUCCAACCUGUUGGCACACCAGAGUACUCACACAGGGGAGAAACCCUUUGAAUGUCCUGAUUGUGGGAAAUGUUUCAGUCGGAAUUCCCACCUGGUGGCACACCAGAGUACUCACACAGGGGAGAAACCCUUUGAAUGUCCUGAUUGUGGGAAAUGUUUCAGUCGGAAUUCCCACCUGGUGAUACACCAGAGAACUCACACAGGAGAGAAACCCUAUGAAUGUCCUGAUUGUGAGAAAUGUUUCAGUCAGAAUUAUGAGCUAAUGAACCACCAGAGGACUCACACAGGAGAGAAACCCUUUGAAUGUCCUGAUUGUGGGAUAUGUUUCAGUCUGAGUUCCAGCCUUCUGAGACACCAGAGGACUCACACAAGAGAUAAAUUCUUUGAAUGUCCUAAUUGUGGGAAAUGUUUCUGUCAUAAUUCCAGCUUGGUGAACCACCAGAGGACUCACACAGGAGAGAAACCCUUUGAAUGUCCUGAUUGUGGGAAGUGUUUCAGUUCUAAUUCCAGCUUGCUGAAACACCAGAGGACCCACACAGGAGAGAAACCCUUUGAAUGUUUUGAUUGUGGCAAAUGGUUCAGUUGGAAUUCUGCUUUGGUUCAACACCAAAGGACUCACACAGGAGAGAAACCCUUUGAAUGUCCUGAUUGUGGGAAACGUUUCAGUCAUAAUUCCAGCUUGGUGAAACACCAGAGGACUCAUACACUCAGGGGAGAAACCAUAUGAAUGUCUACAGUGUGGGAAACAUUUCAGUGAGAAUUCCAAAUUGGUGAAACACCAGUGGGCUCACAUGAGAGAAACGAUGUGAAUAUUCAGAUUGUAGAAAACAUUUCAGUCGGAAUUCUGAUCUACUGAUAACACCAGAGGACUGAUACAGGAGUGAAGCCAUAUGAGUGUCCAGAUUGUGGAAAUAGUUUCACUUACUUUUCUGACCUAGUGAAACACCAGAGAGGUCACACAGGAGAGAAAUUUUGUGAAUGUCCACAGUGUGUGUAAAGUUUCAGUCCUAAUUUCAACCUGGUGAAUCACCAAAGGACACACACAGGAGAUACACCCUUUGAAUGUCCUGAUUGUGGGAACAGUUUUAGUCAGAAUUCACACUUGGUGGUACAUCAGAUGACUCAUACAGGAGAAAAGCCAUAUCAGUGUCCAGAUUGUGAGAAAAGUAUCAGUCGGCUGUCCAACUUGGUGAUAUACUAGAGAACUCAAACAGGAGAGAAACCCUUUGGAUGUCUGAAUUGUGCAAAAAGUCACCGUUUUAACCUGGUAAGACACCAGAGGAUACAUACAGGAGACAAACCAUACAAAUGACGUACCUUUAAUGUAGGUUUACACACAGGAGAGAAAGUCAAGGAAAUCCACAUUAGGCAAGAAUUGAUGAGUUUAGAGAAGACUUAAAUUUCAUUUCUGAUCUGCCAUUGGAAGUGAAGGUGAAAAAAUUACUAUUUAAGUUCUGUCCUUAUUCAUUUUUUUGAAAAAUAUCUCAGAGGUACAGCUGGGAGAGGGCGGAACUACAACUAGUGCAGCCGGAGCAUGUUUACAGUAGCGCCUCCCAGUUUUAUUUUAUCAAUUUUUAGUACUCCCAUUGGAUCCUUUUUUAUUUAAUUAACAUUUUUUGAUGGAGAUAAACAGCGUAGACCAUAAAACAGACAAAAGUUUUUGUUGCUGCCAUGGAUUAAAAACAACAAGGAAUUGAGGAGCACUUUGUUGGCAAGAGAUCUGAAAGUAAAACUAACCUCCGCCCCCCCGCCCCCCUUCCCAACAAUCUGGAGAGAUUAGAAUGGGACCUGCAAAAAGACUUGGGAAAACAGCAGUUACUAGACUUUCCCGACCUUCGGGAGGGGGGAACAAACUGAAAGGCAGCUCUUCUCACAAACAACUAAUCCAAUUACAUCCUCCAUACAGGAUGUAUGGAGUUUGAGUUAAAGGCUAAAAAGGCAAAGAACAACCAGAUAAUUCAGAGUAUGGAGAGUUUACUUUGGGAAAAUUCACCGGAGUUUAUGGCAAAACAAUGCCUUCUCUCAGCGCAAACGGUGGUUUCAAUAUUCGAACAACUAAUUGCCAUCCAACACGAUUUUGAGACAUUAAAAAAAGACUUUUUUGGAGUAUAAGACGCACCGGAGUAUAAGCGCACCAAGGUUUCGAAGAGGCAAAUAAAA